GGCUACUCUCACUAAAAAAAAGUCCACUAGUCUAACUAUACUACUACUACUAUACUUCACUAAAUAAAUAGCUAUAUUAUUAAACUUAGGCCUAGGUUUACUUGUAAUAUGUCUUUUCUUCUCUAGUUCAUCAUGGAUAUGUCACCUUCAACAAGCUCAUCAUCCAGAAGAGGAAGUACCAGAAAUGCUGGAAAAGAGGACAGCAUCAUUGAUGACUUGGAUGAAACAACAGAGAUUGAAUCUGAGGCAGGAGAUGAUGAAGAAAGAGAUGAGUUUGAAGAAGGGGACGGUGCACAGAUGGAUGGGGAUGUUGAUGGAGAACUAGAUGCAGCAGAUGAUACAGAGGAUGGAGUCAAGAAGGGAGGUGGCAAAAAGUCUGAAGACGUGUUUGAGGAUUUUGAGUUUGUCCCUAGAGAUUCAGAAGUGGCUAGUAGCUUAUCUGAGGAAGUUACUAUAGAUGCCGGUGGAUGGGGUGAUGGUGAUAAAGUAUGCUCGGCCGUUAUUAAAAAAGAUCGUAAAUUUGUUUGUAUUGACUACCCAGGGGUCAUCAGAAAUGUGGACAAAGCUGUAGCCACACUGGGAGGUCUACAAGAUCUAACCGAGGCCUUGUCCCAGAACCAUCGUUUAAAUUUAGUGUUUCGGCCCAAUGAUCCCUACUGUAAGGGCGCCAUGUCCACGCUCAACCUGGCCAAAAAUCUUCUUGUCAAGCUGCGAAGGAGACGCAAGCAUCCUGCAGCAAUGGAAACUGGUUCUGCGGAUGAAUAUGAAUAUCAGGUGGAAGUGAUUGGAAUCGUCGAGAAAGUUCACGUUUUUGAAAAGAUGUGUGAUUUCCAGUACCUGCCUGUGAUAAAACACCCUGACGGUCAGUACAAAGAGAUUUUGUCCAGCAUUCGACCGACCAUUGAGGAUGAAAGAGAUGAGUACUUGUCCAGAAAUAUUCCACUCUUCCUGCCCCCAUACUGUUUUUCCAGGAGAGAGAAGCCCUGUGGUUUCUUCUUUGAAUCUGAACCUUUUCAAGAGGGUGACACAAGUUUUGUACAAGACAGUUUUUGUGCUGGCAUUUCAGACAGAAAGAAACGUUUCCAUGGUGUUGUCCAUGUCUCCCACCACAACCCCACAGUCCCUCUGGUACCUGACCCAGAUGCCUUCCAAAACCUCUCCAAGCUGCCAGUUAGUAAUGUUGAGGAUGGAAGGAAAAGCCUAGACAAGAUCUUUGAGGAGCGGCCAUUAUGGACCAAGGCUGGCAUUCUCUCUCGGCUUGACCCCUACCACCACAGAUACAUCAAGUUCCUGCUGCCUGUGGUCGCCUUCUACUUUGAUACUGGUCCCUGGCGCAACCUGUGGUGCAAGUUUGGGUACGACCCAAGAAAAAACCCAGAAUCCAAAAAGUAUCAGACAUUAGAUUUCAGGUUAAGAUCAGUUGCAAGCAGAAAUCAAGUAGAUUCCAAGAGAGGGUUUGAAAGAUACUCACACCCACAACUAAAGAUUCGCAAGAACACAUUGCUCCAUGGCAUAGAGGAAGAUGAAGAAGAAAUAGAGAAGAAAGAAGAAAAUAAAAAUUUGGACCUGAACUACGUCUUCAGUCCUGCGCACCGGCCACCAUACAGACAGAUGAGAUACCAGGUGUGUGAUGUCAUGCUGGAUGAUGUACAGAAGAAGCUGCAUGAAAACGAUGGCCAGGAAUCUGUGUGUACAGAAAGAGAUGGCUGGUGUGUGGCAGACUUCACUGACGUAUGCAGGGAUAUAAUGCACGGCGCCUGUGAGAAACUCUUUAAAUAAGAUAUCCUGAGCUGCAGGGAUAUAAUGCAUGGUGCCUGUGAGAAUAUCUUGACGUCUGCAGGGAUAUAAUGCAUGGUGCCUGUGAGAAUAUUCUGACAACUGCAGGGAUAUAAUGCACGGCGCCUGUGAGAAAUUCUUUAAAUAAGAUAUCCUGAUGUCUGCAGGAAUAUAAUAAAAGGCGCCUGUGAGAAACUCUUUAAAUAAGAUAUCCUGAGAUCUGCAGGGAUAUAAUGCACGGCGCCUGUGAGAAACUCUUUAAAUAAGAUAUCCUGAGACAUCCGCAGGAAUAUAAUGCACGGCGCCUGUGAGAAACUCUUUUAAUAAGAUAUCCUGAGACGUCUGCAGGGAUAUAAUGCACGGCGCCUGUGAGAAUAUUCUGACAACUGCAGGAAUAUAAUGCAUGGUGAGAAACUCUUUAAAUAAGAUAUUCUUGAGUUGAAUCAAGCGUUGAAUCUGUAGCUAAGAUUGCCUGGCUGGAUGCUAGCAAACACAAUCAUGUCAACAAAUUACUUGUGAGAAAUAAUUACAGUUUUGUAACUAGGUUUAAUGAUCUAAAAUUGUUUAUGGUAAAUGGCAUUUAUUUAACUAGGUACAAAAUUCAAUGUUAGAAUUU